CUUCGCUAAGGAAGCGCAUUUCCUGCCGCCCUGGGCUGGCUGGAUGAGCCAGGAGCUCCCCUCCGCCACCGGCCAGACCCCAGCCUCCACCCGCCGUCCACGGGAGCCCCGCGGCCCCCUCCCACGCGCCCCUCGGCCCGCGCGCCCCCGGCCGGCCCCGCGCCCCGCGCCCGCUUCUCCUGACCAGCUCGGCCGCCACCCCAGAAGGCUGGAGCAGGGACGCAGCCGCUCCGGCCGCCUGCUCCCUCCGGGUCCCCGCCUGAGCCCACGCCGGCCCCUGCUCCUGCCCGCGGCCCGGCCCCUGGACACCGGAUAAGGCCCCGCGCACGGCCCCCCGGCGGACGGCAUGGCCCGCAGCACGCUCCCCCCGGCCCCGGCCCCGGCCCCGGCCCUGGCCCUGGCCCUGCUGCUGGCCGCCUGCAGCCUCAGCCCUGCAGGUCUUGCGGGAGCAGUCCGCUGCAAUCUCCAGCCUGUGGACAGCGAGGUGACGUACGUCACCAGCCAGGUUCCUGAGGGCUGCGUGGCACACGUGCCCAACGCCACCGUCGAUGUCCACGUCCUCUUCUUGGAGUUCCCCAGAGCUCCGGCCCUGCUGAACCUGACCGUCCAGAUGUCCAAGCAGAAUGGCAGCCAGGCCCGAGAGGUGCUUCUGGUCCUCGGCCUAGACAAGAGAGUCUACCUGCAGCUGCAGGCCCCCGGAAUCCCGCUCCAGCUGGCUUAUCACCCCGAGAAUGUCAUCAACGAAAUACCCCAAGGAAUCAACACCAUAUUUCUGCCGGCCUCCAAGAGCGAGCUCCUCGCCUGGGCGGGUUCCAAGGGCGCCAUCGCCUCCGUCGCUGUGCUGAACAACCCCAAGAGCAUCCUCCUCCGCCCGGACCAAGCCCCGCGGUCACCGUCCUCCUGCGACCUCCAGCCCAACACGGACAUGGGCCACAGGCUCGAGUGGUGGCCGCACACAGAGGGCUCCGUCCGCAGCUGCCGCCUGGAGGGUGUGGCUGGCCACAAGCAGGCGCACAUCCUGAGGGUCCUGCCGGGCUCCGGCUCCGAGGACAGGCCCCGGACGGUGACCGUGGAGGUGAAGCUGAGCUGCACUUCGGGGGACCCUGAUGCUGUGCUCAUCCUGCAGGGGCCCCCCUACGUGUCCUGGCUCAUCGACGCCAACCACAGCAUGCAGAUCUGGGCCACUGGCAAAUACUCCCUCAAGAUCUUUCCAGACAAGAGCAUCAACGACCACAACCACGUGCUCCCAGACACACCCCAAGGCCUGCUCGGGGAGGCCGAGAGGCUCAACGCCAGCGUGGUGGCGUCCUUCGUGGAGGUCCCUCUGGCCAGCGUCAUCUCUCUGCAGGCCAGCAGCUGUGGUAGGCCGCAGACGUCACCCACCCCUGUGCACACCACCCCCCCCAAGGAGAGCUGCAACGCGGACCUGCUCAUGGCCCUGCUCCAGCCCAACUGCUCCGACGACACCAUGACUCUGGAGCUCAAGAAAAACCUUAUCUUGACUCUGAGGUGCGACAUCAGCAGCCUGACCUUCCUGGACCCCCGCUGCCAGGCUGAGGACAGGGGCGACCAGCUGGUCCUGCACAGCACCUACUCCAGCUGCGGCAUGAAAGUGACAGACAACGUGGUCAGCAAUGAGGUGGUCGUCAGCCUCCUGUCCAGCUCAUCACCGCAGCGGAAAGCCGUGCAGUGCCUCCACACGAAGAGCAUCUCCUUGCGGCUGGGCCUCUACCUCAGCCCGCAGUUCCUGCAGGCCUCCGACGCCAUCGAGCUGGGCCAGCAAGGCUUCGUGCAGGUGAGCAUGGCCCCGCAGAGCCGUGAGGUCCUGCUCAAGCUGGACAGCUGCCAGCUGGACCUGAGGCCCGAGGCGGACCCCGUGGAGCUCAUCCAGAACCAGGCGGCCAAGGGCAACUGCGUGAGCCUGCUGGACCCCAGCCCCCGCGGCGACCUGCGCUUCAGCUUCCUCCUCCGCGGCCACAUGGUGCCCACGCCCAAGGCCGGCACCCUCAGCUGCACCGUGGCCAUGCGUCUCGAGACGUCAUCCCUGGAGGUCCGCAGGCCCGUCUCCAUGCGCCUGAACAUCGUCAGCCCUGACAUGCCUGGCAAAACCCUCGUCCUGCCCGCUGUGCUGGGCAUCACCUUCGGCGCCUUCCUCAUCGGGGCCCUGCUCACCGCUGCGCUCUGGUACAUCUACUCGCACACACGUCCCCCCAGCAAGCGGGAGCCCGUGGUGGCGGUGGCUGCCCCGGCCUCCUCCGAGAGCAGUAGCACCAACCACAGCAUCGGGAGCACCCAGAGCACCCCCUGCUCCACCAGCAGCAUGGCGUAGUGCCCGGCCCGGAGCCCCGGGGGCCGCCCGGCCAGCCCUCGCCCCGCCCGAGACACUGAGCGGCCACCAGCUGGGAGCCACUGAUCAUGAACUCACUCCGGGAUCCCAACCCUCCUCCUCGACCAAGGACGGACCGUGCCCUCUGCCUCUUCCUCAGAGGCCUGCUGCCAGUGGGGGCACCAGCUUGGAGCACCCUCCACCACGCCCUGCAGACCCUUCAAGCUCAGUGGGCCUGGGGGGCGGCUGCCCGGGACCACAGAGAGACAGAGCGCUGCCCUAUAUGUCCACCCUGUUGUAGAAGCCCAUGUCCCUGUUAUCCCGAACUGGAUCCAGCCCGCGAUGACCGGGGCUGGGCAGGAGGUGAGAACUCAAAAGACUCUGCCCAGCCUCCUCCGGCCACAAGCGCCGCCUCCGAGACCAGCCUCGAGCCGCCAGGAUCUGAUCCCAGCAGCGCAGCUUUGGGCUGGCACAACUUUGGGGGGGCGGGGGGCGGGGGCAUGGAAGCCGAGGAAUGCCCAGCCUGGGUGCAGGGGAGCCUGGCUCCUUCCCGCACCGGUCACAUGGAGACCCCUCCCCCCGCCCAUCAGGAUGGCAGCAGAUAGGAGUGGCCAGGCUGCCUGACCUGGGCCCACCCUAUAUACUCAUCACCAAUAAAUCAGACCAUGAAACCA